AUGGUCGGCCAGAUCCCGGGCCUGCUGAAACUCGAAGCCAACGCGCCACUGGCCUCCACGGCGCACCGUAGCCAGGGAUACAACAUGGGUUUGGUGGCGGUGUUGGAGAAGGCGGAUGAUGUUAAAGUCUAUGCUGACCAUCCUGCUCAUUUGGUCGUACAAAAGUAUCGAGAGGAGCUGUGUACCGAUACAUUGGCUUAUGAUUUGGAAUAUUCGGAGUAA